AUGGCAAUCGACACAGAGAGGCUCCUCCAAGACCGCGCUGCUGCAACAACUGAGCUCUAUGCGGACCCGCACAACCCCUCUCGCCAUCUAACGCGCGCUAGGAUCCAUGAGCGCCUGGGCUUCCCUGAUCUUGCCUCGGCAGAUGCAUAUCGUGCUCUGUCGUUGCUGGACUCGGUUGUUGACCCGGAUGGAUGUGAGUUUCAUGCUAGGAAGAAGGUGACGCCGGCACCGACACCGACACCGGCCAAGGUACCAGAGGAGGAUGAGCAGGUGGAGGAAGAGGAAGAUGAAGAUGAAAACGACGGAUUCGAACCCAUCACGGAAGAGGAAUACAGAUCCAUGAUUGGUGAUACCUAUUGUCUGCUCGUGAACGGUCUCAAGCAAUGCGGGUGUCUGCGUGAUGCGUACGAGUUUGCUCACCGUGGGCGUGUCGUGCUGGAUGAGUUGUUGACUGAUGGGAAAGAGAUUGAGGGGUUGCAAGUGCUGAAGCAGGAACUCACUAAUCUGACUCUGGAGAUUGGACGAGAGAGCAGGAUGUCGAACGGAGCUGGGAAAGGCCAGGGGCUCGCUGACGACUGCGGGGAGUUCAAUGAUAAGACCAGACUCGACCCUAGCAAACUCAAGGCGCAGGGUUUCGCCCGUCGAAUCCUCUAUCCCUGGAACGAGCACGAGCCAAAUCGUAAGUCACCGGAGACACUGCGCCUCCUAAACGAGCGACUCAGGGACAUUGCGCCCAAGUGCGAGGUGCGAGCGGUUGCGUUGCCUGUUCUGCAUGAAACUACCACAGCCAACAAGAACAAGGAGAAAGAAGACGAAGGAGAACAAGAAGAGGAAGAGGUCUCUAUCCAACUUGGCCUCUUCGCCAAAGAAGAUCUCGCCCCCGGUGAAACGAUCCUUCACGAAUCCUCCCUAUUGACAGCUACGAAUCGUCUCCACGACGACACCUGCGACGCCUGCAACGGCCCCCUUCCGCCACUAUCCUCUGAGAACCCACCCGUCGCGUGCGCCGAAUGCUACGACAUCAUCUUUUGCUCGCAGACGUGCCAUGAUCAAGCGCAGGUAACCUACCACGGCGCCGUCUGCGGUCUCAUGGAGAACCUCGAGUCUAUCGGGAAGGACAUACCAGACCCCAAGGAUAAAGCAGACUACCUCUACCUGCUUCUACUUGGCCGCGCACUGGCCAUGGCUCAAACACAAGAGGUGAACCCGCUGGACUUGGAUGAGGUCAAGUACAUAUGGGGCGACUUUGUACCCUACGUCACAUCCGAGCUUGUCUCAUCCCCACCUGCCAAACAGCAAAACCUCAAGUCAGACUCUGUUGAAGAGCAGACUAAACGACAUAGGCAGAGACUAGAAACACUCCCCUUUAGCUUCCACCUCUCCAUUUUGCAACCUAUGCGUAUUGUUGAGGAAAUGGGACUGGAUCCGUACGCCACGCUACACCGCUAUGACACGUGGAUUCUGAAUACGCUCUAUGCAAAAUUCAGGGGCACGGCAUCGGGCCGCCUCUCGACGUGGGAUGGCGGGCCCGAGACGUGCGCGGUGCAUCCGCUUUGGUGUCUUGCCAAUCAUAGCUGUGAUCCGAAUGUUCGAUGGGAGUGGGGCGGAGAGAUUGCGUUUGUGGUUCGUGGGGAUGAGGAGAGGGUUGUUUGGAAGAGACAGGGCGAGGAGAGGGAAAAGGCGAAGGGGGGAAUUCGGAAGGAUGAGGAGAUCCUGAAUCAUUACUGUGAUGUGGAGUUGAAUGUUAAGGAGAGGAGGGAGUGGGCGGCUGGCGCUUUGGGCGGGAUGUGCUUGUGUAAGAGUAGUAUCUGGUACGAGUAA